UCAUAAAUCGAUGCCCGAAAAUCGACCUAUUUUUGACUUCAGGCUGAAGAAUCUCUCCACACAGCCCAUUUGCUGUCUGUCUUGAGAGUCUUCAGCAUUGCAGACACGAAUCUCAGAGUCUCAACGCAUUACUGCUGAACCAGAACCAGAGUCGCCGCAACUACUAACAACGACCACCAACAAUGGCAACGUUUGUGAAACUCAACACCGGCGCUCAUAUGCCGACUGUGGGACUCGGGACAUGGAAGUCCCAACCAGGUAAGGUGACGGAGGCCGUGAAAGCAGCCAUCACCGCCGGCUAUCGACACAUCGACGGGGCCUUCGUCUACCAAAACGAGAAAGAGGUUGGCGAGGGCAUCAACGCUAUGAUCACGGAAGGUGUGGUCAAGAGAGAGGAUCUUUUCGUGGUCAGCAAGCUGUGGUCUACUUUCCACGCCAAGAGCAUGGUGAGAGGAGCGUGUGAGAAGACUCUGAGCGACCUGAAGCUGGACUAUCUGGAUCUGUACCUCGUCCACUGGCCCAUGGGCUACAAGGCCGGGGCCGAGCUCUUCCCGUGUGACGCUGCAGGAGAACCAAUCUGCAGCGGCACUGACUUCCUGGAUACAUGGGAGGCCAUGGAGGAGCUGAUGGACGCAGGGCUGGUGAAAGCCAUCGGGAUCUCCAACUUCAACAAGCAGCAGGUGGAGUCUGUGCUCAACAAGCCCGGGCUGAAAUACAAGCCGGCCAACAACCAGGUGGAGUGCAGCCCGUAUCUGAAUCAAGCGAAGCUGAUCGAUUACUGUAACUCCCAAGGCAUCGCAGUGACGGCCUACAGCCCCUUGGGCUCCCCCGAUCGUCCAGGGGCUCAGCCGGGUGACCCCUCCCUCUUGGAAGACCCCACCAUCAAGUCCAUCGGCGAGAAGCACAAGAAGACUACAGCCCAGGUCCUGAUCCGGUUCCAGGUCCAGAGAAACCUGGUGGUGAUCCCAAAGUCUGUCACACCCUCCCGCAUACAGGAGAACUUCCAGGUGUAUGACUUUGAGCUCACUGAGGAGGAAAUGAAGACCAUAUUAGGACUGCACAGGAACUGGAGAUGCUGCCCUCUGGCCAUGAGCAAGAAUCACAAGGACUACCCGUUCCACGCUGAGUAUUAGGCGGGAGUGAGCACGCACAGCUACAUGCACUCCAAUGUCACCCUGCGCACACGCGUCUGCUUGAGUUUACUGACACAUCUGGGUUUGUUACACUCCCCUCAAUCAUUAAACGUUGUUUUGAAAAGGUCCCCGAAAGAAAAAUUAAACUGUGAUGUGUACUUUUUGUCAGUAUGUCAUUUUUUAUGAAGUCAAAUUUUCCCCAAUGAUUUGUGAGCUGGAUGCAUUUGAGGGAUAUAUCAUUAAAGGACCUGUGUGAAAACAAGCAUUUAUUGUUAAAAAAUCAAACAUUUCAGUAUGCUAGAACUUGGGGGUCAUAUAUUGGGUACCAUCCCCGGUAGCUGUAGGCGUGUCUAACGCUAACUUAACUAUGCAUCUGAAUUCAGGUCACUUUGAAAUGGAAGCGAAUGUAACUCAAAAUGAAGUUGCGCUGAUUUCACAUCUUCUAGAGCCAUUUCAUUGCAAACUAAGACGACUCAUAUUUUAUUUCCAUGUGUGCACCUUAUUGCAACACAGGUUGGACAGGAUGGGCUUAUCAAUGAUCAGGCUUCUCUAACAGUUUACUCUUUUAAAGUUCUCAUCCCCCUAUUGGUUGUUAUUCUCACACCACAGAUGUGCAACAAUUUGGUUGUAUAAUCGCAAUCUAGUUAAGGAAAAGUGAUCAGUUAUAUUACAUCCGCCAAGAUGUAAAUACCUCAUACCAUUUGUCUCCUGUAUAUUCAGGAUUCUUCAUAUUACUUAAUACAAUUUAUCCUCUUUUGAACGUAACAUUUUUGCUUUGGUUCUUUUUCUUUGAUUUAGAUCAAGUCUGCCCUGAAAUAUAAUUCCUACAAUUAAAACACGAUUGGUUAUCGGCACAAUGCAAUAGUCACUCCAAAGUGGUUUAAAUACUUAAAAAGGUGUGGAAAUAAUG